ACACUCGAGCUGCCAAAGACCCUCGACAGCGCGACCCCCAAGUGGUACUGUGUAUACGAAGAUGAGGGAUCUUCAACUAACCUUAUGGGUGGGAUUCGGAAGAAAUCGGUCGCUACACUCUCCUCUACGACCAAACGUGUCGCUGGUGAAUGUCGAUUGGUCAUCAGCUGCGACUACGCCAGCCUCACCGACGGACUCCGCCGACAAACCAUGCUACUGCAAAGCGGUGAAACAAAGGAUGAUUCGUAUGGACAGAGCUCAGGCAAUGUGAAGAUGGUGGACAAUGCGAUUGAGGCCAAGCUGAAGGCUGCCAAGAUCCAGAUAUGGGAGAAGAAGCGGUACGUAGCCCAGGCUCAAAAGCAACUGGACCAGAUGAUUGCGGCACUGGGGGACUGUCCACAGCAGAACGAUGUGCACGAGAAGGUGCUGCUGAUGAAAAAGGAGAUCGAUUUGAUGGAGGAGGCUAUUGGCGUGCGAGUACUCGAAGACCCGCGCAAGGUCAAAGUGGCCCUACAAGAAGUGCCGGUCGCAGAAGUAGCACAGACGCCCCCGAGCGGAGUGCGUGUGCGUAACACACCGGGGAAAAGCCCGCACUCCAUUGCCCGCUAUCCGAAAGGCUCUCACAUAGUCAGUGACGGGGCGCAGAAGACCAAAGCCACAGCGUUUGCUCAGCCAAAGGUGACCUGUGUGAAGGCCUGGCUCACAUCGGGCGACGAGCUGUCGGCUAUUGUCGGGGAUGUGUUGACUGUCCUGGACGCGACGAAUAAGGACUGGGUGUACUGUCAGGGGGCCGGUGGCACCGUGGGAUACAUUGCGAAGGACUGUCUCAAACCGUAUAGUACCAUGGAUGACGCAGGUAUGGUCUGGCUCUGCUUGGAGGGGAUGGGUAUAGGUAGCGAGGAGUCCAAACUACCACUGGGAUACAUACCCAUCAAAUCGCCAACAACCAACACCAAAGCAGCCCACACGUCCAAGAUCAUCCCCGUCACACCUCCUCCCAUCCCCCGAAGCCAGUCGAAUGCCUCAGUACUAAGUACAUCGAUAAGCUCAUCCUUGAGCACGAGCAGGAAGAAGUUCCUAAGCACCGGUAAGGGUAGCAACCGCAACUCAUGCUCAGACGACACUGAGAAAGAAAAGUUGCAAUCCUUCAUCCGCGACACAAGCGAGACACUCUCCGACCACAGCCGAUGGUACAGAAGCGCCGACAGCAAAAUGAACGAGAUGAUGGAGCAGCUCAUGUUUUUAACUACAAGGAUGAAUAGCGGGGUGAGCUCAUUGUCCACACUACCAAGCUCGUCACCGCUCAAGAUACAGAAGGUCUCCAGGCCAAAGCCCAACCGCAAGUUCACGAAGACGAGUACCACCCCACAGGAAGCGUCAGCCUCUGCACGAGGUUCUAUACAGAGUGACGAAGUAGACAACAGCGUCAGUUGUACGAAUGCAAAUGACAGCGAUGCAUGGAAGGAUACCAGCAACGCCCGGCUAAAACUGGAGAUGCAGAUUAUGGAGAGUGAGUACAAGGCCAAGAUGAGAGACCUGCAGGCUCAGUUGAAGAGCAAGGACGCGCUAGUGCUGCGGAAAGAGCUGGAGCUAAAGAACACACGCAAGGGCUCAGUCCAACCGCUUACACACACAGUGCUCAACUUCUUCGAGGUGAAUGGCGGCAAUCUGUCGGGGCCGAUUGCUAUGCCAAACAUUGACUUCAAUCUAUCCGAUGACGAACUACUCAGCGAAUGCGAGGCAGAGGCCAGCAAUGUGGACGAACAUCUGCAAUCCACGUGCGAUCGCCUGCGCGCGGUGAAGAAGCAGCUCACUGACUUGAGACUGUCAAAACAACGGGGCCACCUGGAUCUGAUGAAGAACAAACUCGAAGAGAUGGAGGACCAACUCAGACGGGAGAUGAGCGGCGAAAGCCUCGGGGCACUGUCAUCGGGCUCCAGUAUUUCAUCGUCAGGCUCAGUACCACCCCCACCCCCACCCCCACCAAAACACUCUGCCGAUGGUAUGACACCCACUGCACGCUCCGGCCCGCCUCCUCCACCCCCGCCCCCAGGCAGCGACUGGGACGUCAAAAAAGCCGUUACUGCCGUCACCAGCCAAUCCAAUGAGUCGUUACACAUCCUCAGUGAUGUUGAGAAUCUAUUGCUUUCAAAGUUGGAUCAACUGGACAAACUCGACAAUAUUCUGCACAAGCUGAACAACCUGCAGUUUACGUAA